AUGACGCUCCCCUCAAAACACGCGUCAUACCUUCUACGCUUCGCUCGCACGUCCAAAUUACAUCUGCGCCAAGCUUCAAUUGCCCUAAAGCACGAUGAACCAGCCGCCACUCCGAACCUACAACAACUUUUUGAGCAGCAGCGAGCACGGGCUGGGAGUGCUUACAAGAAAAUGGCAAUCACCGCUCGGGUGGCCGGCAAUAAAGAAACCCAGACGUUCUUGAUGAAUCAAGGCGUUUCCACUCCAUAUGAUGUGGCAAGACAUAUUUCGCGGCAUCUUUCUACUGGUAGCGAAGUUUGUGUGAUCCAGGAGAAAGAUGGCAAACGGAUUGCAUCAAUGCACGAACCGCUCAAUGGGGAGGCCACAAUCGUUUUCCAAGAAGAUUCUGCUGAGCUACGACAAGAACGACAAGUGCUAACAGGCUUUUUAGAUAUUUGGUUCAAAAUUACCGCCGAUGUGCCAGAGUCAAAGGAUUGGAGCGCUACAGGGGACGAAUUAGACGUGCUGACCAAGAAAUUGCACAAGGAAUAUAUCAACAAGGAAAUUGACUAUGAAGUUCAGAAGGUCGAGGCUGACGCUAGCCAGAGCGACGAGGAAUUGACGCUGUGCCGGAUCGGGAAGCAUGUUUUCCCGAUUCACGGGCCAGUGCUUGCGAAUAGCGGUCAGCUUGGGACCUUUUCUGUUACGAAGGCUUCACUGAAAGGCGGAAAAGCCGACUUCCGCGGGAUCGUCAGCACCAGUGCCAAUGGACUUCCUGAGCAUCUUUGGGAAACACUUGUAAAUGGAAUUCGCGAGGAGCACAACCAAGAA